AUGGCGGAGAAACGGGGAGGUAGUGAUGGAGGAGGUGGGGGUGAUAGUGGUGGAAGUGGGAGUGGCGGCGACGACUGUUGCGGCGAUGGUGAUGAUGCUGGCGGUGGUUAUGGUGGUGGUGACAAUAGGGGUGAUGGUGGGGUUGAUAGUGGGGGUGGUAGUGGGGGUAACGGUGGUGCUGGGGCUGGUAAUGAGGGCAACGUGGGUGGUGGCGGCAGCGGUGGGUGGUGGUGGUGGUGCUUAGGGUGGCGGCGACAACGAUGA